UAGGCCUAAUAUUCGGUUUAUAACUCCCUAGUGGUCUAUCGCAGAGGAGAACCAGGAUCAGAGUGGGCGAUGUUUGUGUUUAUGAAAAAGACCUACUUAUAAGUAAUACUCAAAUAAGCCACUAAAUUAGUGUACAUGCAAAAUGGUCUUUUUGUGUGAAUAUUAGGCGUAUAAGGUUGAAUAACUGUAGGCUACAAGUAGGCUACUACAAGUAGGGCUAUGAGCUCGUGUGGCGAAGGGGAAAUUAGUAGCCUACGUAGGCCCUAUUACUUACUUCACAAGCCCAUUCACCCCGUUCAUUUGUAAAUUAAUUCUACAAAGCUGUUUUUCAGCGAAUAAAAUCAACUUUAAGUGAUUCAAAAGUUUUAAUGCUUCCAGUUGAGACAUGUAGCCUACUGUCUGCAGACUGCUGUACCUGAGCUGUUGGCAGGCAAAUAUAUUUCACUAACUCAUUUGCAUAAUCCAAUGCCUACAUAUUAUUGCGCCGUACAUUAAAAAUACCUCCAAUUUAACCUUCAGUGAAAAAUACCAAAUCUUGAUCAGUGUGGUAACAUUGGUCCUUGGGCACAAACAAAGAUCAUUAAGCGACUAUAACUAAUGAUUUUAGCUUAAAAACGUGUCAAUGCUUUAGACCUAUAUGAUAUUGCGCACGUUCAUAGCAUUGGCGUCGUUACAAGGUUACUUGUAAUGGCCGAUGCCGAUCGAGAAAAUCUUUACUGAGGAUACAACGUGUACCGUUGUUACAGCGUUUUAGAUUGCCAUUUUAAAGCUUUAAUGACUUAGCUAAAGCUAUUUCACCAUGGAGUCUUCCAGCGGAGGUCAUAAUAACCCUAAAAUUAUGGUCUUCCGGCCAACAAUGGAAGAAUUCAAAGACUUCAAUAAAUAUAUUGCAUACAUGGAGUCCAAAGGUGCCCACAAAGCUGGAAUAGCAAAAAUCAUUCCACCAAAGGAAUGGGUGCCAAGAAAAGGUGGCUAUGAUGACAUAGACAUCACCAUACCAGCUCCCAUAAGCCAAGUAGUUAAUGGUUGCCAGGGACUCUAUCAGCAGUACAACAUACAGAAGAAAGCUAUGCAUUAUAAAGAAUUUGAAAAAUUGGCCAAUAGUGACAGAUUCCGUACCCCAUUGCAUUAUGAUUAUGAAGACUUAGAGCGCAAAUACUGGAAAAACAUCUCGUUCAUCAAUCCCAUUUAUGGAGCAGAUAUCUCUGGCAGCCUUACGGACCCAGACCAGACAGUCUGCAAUAUCCAGAAUUUGGGGAGCAUUUUAGAUUGUGUUGGGGAAGAAUAUGGUACCAAGAUUGAAGGGGUGAACACAGCUUAUUUGUACUUUGGAAUGUGGAAGACCACUUUUGCUUGGCAUACAGAGGACAUGGAUCUGUACAGUAUUAACUAUGUCCACUUUGGAGCUCCCAAGUCCUGGUAUUGUGUUCCUCCAGAACAUGGAAGAAGAUUGGAAAGACUGGCUACAGGUUUCUUUCCAAGUAGCCAACAAGCUUGUCCUGCCUUCCUCAGGCACAAGAUGACCAUAAUAUCUCCACACAUAUUGAAGCAGUAUUCUAUCCCAUUUGAUAAGAUUACCCAAGAGGCUGGUGAAAUUAUGAUUACUUUCCCAUAUGGAUACCAUGCAGGAUUCAAUCAUGGUUACAACUGUGCUGAAUCAACAAAUUUUGCAACAGAACGGUGGAUUGAGUAUGGAAAGAGAUGUACACAGUGUACCUGUCGCAAAGAUAUGGUCAAGAUUAGCAUGGAAGCAUUUGUACGCCGUUACCAGCCAGAUCGCUAUGAGCUGUGGAAAGCUGGUAGAGAUGUGGCACCGCAUCCUGAAGAUGAUCAAAGCAAGAUAUAUAGCAGACCAGAAGCAUUGGAGAAGAGACUUGCCAUGGAAAAAAGAAGGAAAAUUGAAGCUAAUAGCACUGGAACAGUCUCUACAAAAAGACAUCCUAUUUCCAAAAUCUCUGCCGAAAAGUUGGCUAAAGUGAAGGAUGCAGAACUAAAGAAACAGGGUUUAAAAGAUGAUGGUGAAGAGGAGGAAGGGGAAGAUGAUGGAGAAACAAAAACAAAGAAAAAAAGAGGAAGACCAAAGAAGUCAGUUGGUGGAGAAGAUGAAGAUCACGGGGAUGAAAAACCCAAGAAACCUAAGAAAGUUAAAGUUAAAAAGGAAAAAGAUAAGGAUAUUAAAAUGGAAAAGAAGGAGGACAACGAAGAGGAGGUGACAAAAGAAAGCACUCCAGACCCAGUUUUGUCAGCAAAGAAAAAAAUAGAACAGUACAUGGAACCUCCAAAGAGACAAGGGAGUGCAUUUGAAAUGGGGUCUUUUCAGUCAGAGUACCUCAAGCAUGCUGCUAAAUUCAUGGCUGAGAAAGAAAAACUGAAAUUUACUGACAAACCCAGAAAAUCUUCAGAAGGAGGAAAGAAAAAGGGAAAAGGUGGGCAGGGGAAAAGGUUGGUGGGAGAGACUGGUAGCUCAGAUAGUGUGAUAGGACAGCCCCCAAAUAAAAAACCUUGUGAGCCUCUUGAACAAGGUGCUCCUCAUUCUGAACACUAUUCACAAGGCAGUGAUGUGCAGUCUAAUGUACUUCAAACAGCAGAUCCUGGUGGCGUUGUGAAGGACACAUUACAGGGGAGCGUUAUGUCAAAAGGGCCUGUGGGUAAUGACAUUAUGCAAGGGAACCCCAACCCUUGGCAACAUUUCAAGGAUAAUGGGCAAAAGAACAAUUCAUCAAAUUUGCAGUUUAAUCAGAACUUUGUUCAAGGCAGUGGUGCACAUAUGUCAGGAAAUGCUACUCCCUUGCCAGCAAAUACUGGUCAUUUUCAAGGAAGUUCUUCACAUUUGAGAAGGCUUGCUGGUGAACUAAUGCAAAGUAAUACUUUAUCUGGAUCUACGUUGACAAAUCCCAUUUUACCCAGUCGUGUUUUUACCCAAAGAGAAAUCCUAUCUGGGGGUGUUAUGGCAGUAAAUGCUUCUUCCCAACAAAUGGCAAUGAUCCACAGAGCUAACAUAUUGAGGCAUAAUGAUAAUCAAAGGGGAAAUGUAGUCAGUUCAUCUGGCAAUGUAUUGGACUUGUCCAUGAGUGGACACAAGAUGGAUAAUGCCAUGACCCUUGAUGAAACCCCUGGUGAAAGUUUUGCUUCUGUAAGCAACACAGGAGAAGGGUAUUCUCUUGGUAGUCAGCACCUUUCUGGGCUGCAGCAGCAGUAUUUUUUGAAUCAACAAAGACAAUCUCUUCAAGCUUUCAUACAGAAGCAGCGUCUGGCUUAUGAACAGAUUCAGAAAAGUUCUACUAAACAAAAUGCCAUGGUUUCUUUAAACGGACAGUCCCAGCUACCAUCUCAGGCUUCAGGACAGAUUACUGGUCAAGCGGUCACAGCCAGUGGUCAGCAAACUCCUGGAGUCAGGGUGGUAGCUGGAGUUCCGCUUUCUCAUCAGCAAAUUCCAACUUCAGUCGUGGCAGUGAAUGGUAUGGCCCCAUUGAUCAACAGGCCUUUGGAAACAGCACACAUCAAUGGAACAAUGAAUGGCCAAGACACAACUCUUACGGCCAAAGCUCUACCAGUAGUGGUGAGAGCACCAGUCAAGAAAGCAGUAGGCAGCAGCAAUCAGAAUACUAUAGCUAUCUUCACACACCCUAUCUCUUCAGUUCCUCAGGCAUUGCACAACAGAGCAAUGAAUCCUGGCCUAACAGUGGGCAAAACUCCCACAACAGUCAGGAAUCAGGAAGUGACAAAAAACACGAGUCCGCUAGUCACUUCUAAUGUGCAAAAUGUAUUCAGAGACCCUAAUUAUGUGGGAAAUGUGUCAGGUAUACAGUUAAAAGAAAUGGAUGACCCUGAUAAACUUAUAAAUGGUACAGUUUCUGUACCAGUAUCAAACACAAGUUUUGGGACACCAGUUGCGACUGUUUCUGGCAUUGGCUCUGUUGUAAAUAGAGUAAAUGGUAGUAUUUGUACCGGGUCUUUGCAACUAAAUUCAACUCUGGGUGUGCAAUUUGUUUCACCACCUAGAGUAAUUUCAACAAACAAUACACCAGGUGCAACACAUAUUCAGCCAAGUUUAGGAUUAAAACUUGAGCAUGGUGGAAUGGGAGCCAAACCACAGCUUGUCCUGCACACAACCUCUGCCCCAAUGAUGUUCCAGGCAGUGCAAGGUGGUGCUGUCCCUGUGUACAGAGAACAGAAUCCAGCUGUUGCCCAGGAAAGUGUAGUUAAUCCUGGCAGUUCAGUAUUGACAAACCCUGUGCAAGUGACAGCAGACAAAGGCCAACUACAGAUGAUACAGCAGCAGCAACAACAACAGCAGCAGCAGCAGCAACAACAACAACAACAACAGCAGCAGCAGCAACAACAGCAACAACAAGAAGGAAAGGCUGCUGAACAGAUGUCCAGUGAUAUUGUACGUCAACAUGAUGCUACCACAACCAGUGCCACAGUCAGAAGUUUACUUGAAUUACAACGAUCUAUGCAGCAGAAAAGCCAGAGGUUGACGCAAACAAUGAAUGUGCCUCAGCUGAUGGCUUAUGUAACCUCUUCAAAUAUGCGUAUACCAGUGGCAUUGACAUUGCCACAAGGUAAUCCUGGACAUUCUGAGACAAAUGCAAGAGUAAGGUAUUCUGUUAAUUCCACCUCUGCUGUGACAGUAGAUGAAUUACCAGAAACUUCAUCAGUGAUUGCUUCCUCAGUGAAUGGUACAGAAGGUUCUGGUUCCUUGGGAGUGCUUCAAACUAGCCAAAACCAAAUGCUUGUGCCAGGUGUUACUGUAAGUGGUGCACCUGUAAGGAAGAAGAAAAUGGCAUCAAAAAAGAUAACCACCCCUAUGAAUGUUGCAGCCCAGAAAGCGGACCAGCCCAUUACCAACAAGUUUGAUGCUGAUGAGGUGAUCCGAAUGCAAAGGCAGAGGUGGCAUGAAGAAAGGCAGCAAGCUGAAUAUUUAGAGAAAAUAGGUGAAAUGAAGAUAUCAAAAUUGGAGCAUGAAAAUACUUCCAACAACAACAGCCAGGUGGUGAAUGCAAAUAUUCUUCCAGAAUUGAAAUCGCCAAAUAAAGAAAAGACUUCAAAAGGAUCAAAGAAAAAACUUACACAGCAAAUUAUAAUGGAUUCAGAUGGCAGCAGCAAAGAUGGAGAAAGUGUGAAGAAUCUCAAAUCAAACUCCUUGAAUUCAGCCACUAUUACUUCUUCAUCUACACAAGUAAAAGAAAGUGGUUGUGCUUCAAAUGCUAAGACAAAUAAUGUACAACGCCCAGCAGCAGCAGAUAUCCUAGGACCUUGGGCCAAGCCUGUUAACAAACUGUGGCAGUGGGAAACAUUCGACUUUGAAGCAGAAAAACAGUUUAAUACUGAAAUGGCAAAGAAAGAACCUUAUUGUGCAGUGUGUUCUUUGUUCAAACCCUUUCAGAAUGGCAAUUUGUCCCCAAGCACUUUCACUGCCUCGGAUGCCCCAAAGCGUACACUCCCCAUGAUACCAGAGAUGUGCUUUGCGUCAAGCACACAAAAUCCCAAUCCAUUUGGUUUCAACACAAACCUGGAUGAAGAUGGACUGAGUAGCUUGCUGUACUGUGAAGUUUGUCAAGUCUGUGUUCAUGCAAGCUGCUAUGGUGUUGUAAAACCUCCUGAGACAGGGUGGCAAUGUGACAGAUGCAGGAAAGGAGCACAUGAUGCAGCCUGUGUGCUGUGUAAUUUGAGAGGCGGUGCAUUAAAAUCUACAGUGGAUGAGAAGUGGGCACACUUGGUUUGUGCUUUGACAAUCCCUGAAGUAAUGUUCCAGGAUAUUGCACAUAGAGAAGGGGUCAAUGUUAGCAAAGUUUCCACAGCUAGGAUGAGAUUGAAAUGCUGUUUCUGUGAACAAGCCUUUAAGAAGAUGGUUGGCAGACAUGAUGUGUGUGCACAGUGUUCUGUGGGGAAAUGUGCUAAUGCAUUUCAUGUGACUUGUGCUCAUGUGGCAGGAGUGGUCUUUGAGACCAGUGACUGGCCUUUUCCAGUAUAUAUUACCUGUCAUAAACAUGUGGUCCCAAAAGAUCAGAGACUUGAAGGAGAAAGGAAGUUGACUACCCUGAAAGAAGGUGACAGGGUGAUUGCAAAACAUAAGAACAGCAGAUACUACGAAUGUGAAGUUGUCGACUGUAAGACCCAGGUCUUCUAUGAAGUCACAUUUGACGAUAACUCUUUCAGCAAUGAUCUUUUUCCUGAAGAUAUAAAAAGCCAUGAUUGUGUGCAGAAUGGCCCUCCUGAAGUAGAUGAAGCUGUCCAAGUCAUGUGGCCAGAUGGCCUCCUGUAUGAUGGGAUUUUUAAAGGAGCAAUUUCUCAUCUGCUUUACACUGUGGAAUUUGAUGAUGGCAGUGAGAGUAAAAUACAAAGAGAGGAAAUCUGGACUCUUACUGAGGAACUGCCAAAGAAAGUCAAGUCCAAACUAUCCAGUGCAAGUGAAAGGAAGCACAACCUUUUCUAUGGCGAGAAAGUGGAUGCCAACCAGCGCCGUCCAAUCAAGACAAAUACCAAAUACAAAGAUUCUGUUGUGAUGUAAACUGUUGUAAAAUAACUCUAGAACAUCCUGUACAAAUACUCAUCGACAUGCUGCAGCAUUAUCUAGUGUAUUUUUUUUUACAGUCAUAUUUUGAUCACGCGUCUGAAGAAUAGUAUGGAUUUGAAAUUGCAAUCUGCAAGUGAUAUAAACCUAAGUGAUUCGACAUUACAGUAUUGUUGUAAUGACUAAUGGGUAUGGAUAAUUAAUGAAGCUGCCCAGCUGGUAAAAUAUAACGGGUUUUGUAAAUUGAUUGUUGCAGUUGUAAAUAUCG